AUGUUUCAACAGUUCAAGAAUAUUUCCCUCAAUAUACGCUCAUUGACCAAUGCAGUAGGGUUGAACGAAGAAGAAUGGCGCAACCGCGGUUUGGAACGUUUUGAAGCGCUCAAAUCCGAAUUUCAAAAUCUAAAUGCUUUGCUAUCCAAUCGUUCCGAGGCUUUCUCGCAAAACCAAGUCGAUACCCGCAAUUACCCAUCCGUUUUAGAAUUGGAAGCAACCAGCCACCUGAUAAAUGCGCUGGAGGAGAAAUGGCAAGCCGUCCAGGAACGGAAUCAGGACAACAUACGAAAGGCCGAUAACGCAGAACAGUUAUUGCGUGUCUUGGUGGAUUUUUGUCAGCAACAUGUCGCUACUUGCGAACAGCUGAAUAAUUCCAAGAAAACGAUGGACUCAAUACAGCAAAACUUGGCUACAAUGACUGAAAUAGCAGACGAUUUAAAAAAUAAACUCUCCGCGCUGGCGUCGGAUAUCAGAACUGCAUCGGUCAACCACGAGCGACAACAGUUUGAGGAAUGGAAACAACAGCUGGAAGUUGAACAUGCCCAAAAAAUGGAAGAGAAGUAUAAAACUUUAAGAGUGGAAGAAGCGCGACUAAAAGAAGCGUAUGAAGAACACAAUCGACUACAGACACAGAAGCGUUUGGAACUUUACGAUGCCACCUUCCAAGCCGAACUGGAAGAUUACCGAAGGCGUAGAGAAUUUGAGACCUCUUCUCUUUAUUCAAAUAUACCAAGAUCGUCCGAGAAUCCCGAGCUAUCCUUGGCUUCAUUAAAACUAGAAAAUGCGGAGCAUCAAGAUUUGGACGACUUUUUUAAUGAGGCAACUCCACAGGCCCAGGCACAGUAUGAAAUAUGA